AGAUCAUUUACAAAAAGCCACAUCCAGCACUCAAAGCAAGAGAAAGUCGCCGCCGGCCGCUGCCAGCAUCCUCACCCCACUGCAGGAAUAACAGCAGUCUGGCUGUUGCAUCAACAAUACGUAGCUGGACAUGAAUCUCGGCAGUCUGCGUGGCGUGCUGGACGUCAGCAACGCAACCUGGGCUCUGUCGGAGCGCUCUGUGCUGCAGCCCAUGUGGGAUUACCUUCAGCAGAACCACGAGAGCACCUUGCGCUCGCCGCUGUUUCCCGUCAUCCUCUCGGUGUCCAUGUACCUGGUGCUGGUGUUCUUCUACACCGUGCUGGACCUGCUCGCACCCACCUGGCCAUCCAUUCGACGCUACCAGAUCCACCAGCACCGCACCGUCACCUGGUCCAACAUCGGCUCCACUUUGGCGCUCACCACAUACAACCAUCUGCUCUACAUCUUCCCCGCCGCCAUAGCCCAGUGGCUCUGGCGGCCGCCUGUGCCGCUGCCCUGCGAGGCGCCCACACUCACCGCCUUCCUGCUGGGAAUCGUGGGCUGCACAGUGGUGUUCGACUUCCAGUACUACUUGUGGCACCUGCUGCAUCACCGCGUUGGCUGGCUCUACCGCACCUUCCACGCGCUCCACCACCAGUAUCGCCAAACCUUCAGCCUGGUUACGCAAUACCUGUCUGCUUGGGAGCUCUUCAGUGUGGGCUUCUGGACCACCGUGGAUCCUUUGCUCCUCCAGUGCCACUGUCUCACCGCCUGGGCAUUCAUGCUGUUCAACAUCUGGGUUUCUACUGAGGACCACUGCGGCUACGACUUCCCUUGGGCGAUGCAUCAUCUGGUUCCCUUCGGCCUUUGGGGUGGAGCGCUGCAGCAUGACGCUCACCAUCAGCAGCCGGGCACCAACUUUGCACCUUUCUUCACUCACUGGGACUGGCUAGGGGGAACCGCGACCAUGCCGGCUCCUGUGAAGACAAAAACGCGGAAAGAAAGGGACGAAAAGAAAGCCUGAGGCUCUGCUUUCCCUUUCACACUCUCGCACUCAUCUCUCUCUCUUUUCGCUCCAUCUGUC